GCUCAUCAUUUUCAUAGGACAAUUUUUUGUUGGGUACCAAAUGUUUAUAAAAAAUAAUCCAUAUGAAAAAAGAGAUAUACACAAAAAAAAAAAAAAAAAAAAAAAUCAAUACGAGAAACAUGGUGAGAUGAUAUUGUACCUAUUUGGUACAGCGGUCGUACACUCUAAUUAGCGUUUGCAACUGCCUUCAGGUAAAUCAAGUGCCUGGGGGAUACUUCGACGCUUUCAACUUUACUGUCAAAUUGAUCUAAGUUGAUCAAGCCAUUCGGGGAUAGCUUUAUAUGCUUUUGGUGUUCGAAGAGCUCCUCCAUCAGCCAAAUUAUGGGAAAUGUAAAAUGGGAUGAAGCCAAUCUUGGAGAAAUAGAGGCAAAUAAACCCGUGAGGCAAAAAAUUACUGAGCCCAAGACUCCUUAUCAUCCUAUGAUUGAUGAUUACAGUCCCCGAUCCCCUGAAUCAGAAAGUUCUGAUGAAUUUAUAGAUGAUAAAAACCACUCAGCAAAUUCUGAAGGGACUGCUAACACGGCCUCUAGUAGCAGUAACGGAGCUAGGCAAUCUGAUGGCUGGACAACUUCUGAGGAUGAGGAAGAAGAAAUCGAACCAGAAGAUGAAGAUAGAAGUUUGAGGUUUAAAGAGCACCGAAGGGCCCAUUAUGAUGAAUUCCUGAAAGUCAAAGAGCUGAGACAGAAGGCUUAUCUAGAAGAUGAUGGAAGUGACGAGGAUAACAAUACCGAGCUUACUGAAGGGGAGAAGAAAUCUGACUCAUCUUCUCCACCAAGUACUAGCUAGGGUCGAUGAUUCUUGCACACUGAUAAAUAAACCUACUCUCUGGUUUCAUUCAUUAGUCUUAUGACAAGUGCUAUUGAUUACGAAGAAUCAGUGUCUUGGACCAAAAAAAAAACUGUAAUCAGUGUCAUUACAUUUAUAGCAUGUUUGAAUUGGUGGUGACAUAAAAUUCAAAGCACAGUAACUCCAUAAGCUGCUGCUUUGAUUUGUAGCUUCUCAAGUCAUUAUGGAGCUUAGUGUAAUCUGCCUAGUGAGAAUGUUAUGUUUGUCAAGCAAUGAAACACUAGUGACAAGAUUAUUGAA